CAAAUUAGGUUUUUUACAACGCCAUUUGUAAACUUUCAUUUCAUGCACAGUCAUUUUCUGAGCAAAUCCGGCGUUUAGAUUAGGUAUCUAAGUUAAACCAACUGCAUCUAGAACUUAUGUAAAUUGGAUUUCACAUACAAUUUACACCAGUAAGAUGUUUCUGACAAGGUCUGAAUAUGAUCGAGGUGUCAAUACUUUUUCCCCUGAAGGUCGUCUUUUCCAAGUGGAAUAUGCAAUUGAAGCAAUCAAAUUGGGGUCUACAGCCAUUGGGAUACAAACUAGUGAAGGAGUUGUACUUGCGGUAGAAAAAAGAGUUACAUCCCCUCUCAUAGAAGCUGCAAGCAUUGAAAAAAUUAUGGAGGUUGACAAGCACAUUGGGUGCGCUAUGAGUGGUCUUAUUGCUGACUCUAAAACAUUGAUUGACAAAGCCAGAGUUGAGGCUCAGAACCACUGGUUCACCUAUAAUGAGAAGAUGAACAUAGAGAGUGUCACACAGGCUGUAUCCAAUUUAGCCUUGCAGUUUGGUGAUGAUGACCCUGACCCUGGUGCUAUGAGCCGUCCUUUUGGUGUGGCCUUGUUGUUUGCUGGAAUUGAUGAGAAAGGUCCACGAUUAUAUCACAUGGAUCCAUCUGGCACUUUUAUCCAAUAUGAUGCUAAAGCCAUAGGGUCAGGAUCAGAAGGAGCUCAACAGGCUUUGCAAGAAGCUUUCCAUAAGUCCAUGACUCUGAGGGAAGCCUGCAAAGCUUCAUUAACAAUUCUCAAACAAGUGAUGGAGGAAAAACUCAACUCCACAAAUGUAGAGAUGUGCACUGUAACCCCCAAAAAUUUAUUCCGUAUGUUUACGAAAGAGGAGUUGGAGAAUAUCAUCAAAGACAUUUGAAUACUGUUUACUGUUUUUUACUACUGAAAGUUUGAUUUCUGUUUUUAAUGUUGUGUGGAUGUGGAGGCAAUACAGGGCUUUUGUGACUUGAUUUGCAUUAAACAAUAAACAUUAAUAACAUGGCUGA